AUGUCAACAAAUCUUGGGCCCUCGCUGGAGAAGGGGGUUUGGGCCGCGGUGAUCAUCGCCGCGGUGAUCAUAAUCCUACGUGUGGUUGCUAAAAUUAAGAUCAAACGGUUUGGCGUCGACGAUGGCAUAAUGAUCUUCGCUGAGUGCCUGGCCAUCGCCUCCACCGUUUUCCUCACCCUGUGCGUAAGACACGGCUUCGGCAAGGAUUUAACCACGAUACCAGCCGCCGACCUCGAAGCCGUGCUGAAGUACAUCGCCAUCCAAAUCCCCGUCGUCACUUUCAGUACCACCUUCGCGCGCUCUGCCUUCAUCAUCUACCUCAUUCCUCUUCUCGGCACCAACAAACUCUACCAGGGUAUCCUCUGGGCUUUCCUGGUCAUCCAAUUCAUCGGAAACACUGCAUCUGCAGUGCUCCCCCUCAGCAUCUGUGAUAAUGUCGCUGCGCUGUGGGAUCCCGCCGUGGCCGUGUCCGCAAAGUGCGGCGAUUUGAAGGCCGUGAUCAACUUCGCCUAUUAUUCCAACAGCUUCAACUCCGCCACGGAUCUGUUCCUGGCCGUUUUCCCUGCCGUGGUAUUCUGGAACCUGAACCUCAAACUGCGCAUCAAGAUCAGUUUGAUUGUGCUUCUCAGCCUGGGCAUUGUCGCAAUGGUCGCAUCCAUCAUCAAGACAACCAAACUCACCUCGCUACCCAGCAUCACCAACAUCGGAGCCAGCGGCGGUAUUGAAUUGAUCCGCUGGGGCUACAUCGAGAACACAAUCAUUAUCAUCACCUCGUCGAUCCCUUGUAUUCGCCCUUUGAUCAUCUCCUCCGUCCGCAAGAUGUCCAGUGGCAAAUUCUCUCGCUCCUAUGAGCUCAGUCGUCCCUUUACCGGUCGCAAAUCCGGCGCCAACCCAAACGAGACCAACCAGUCGCGCCGCACCCGCAGGUUCAAGCCCGAUGUUGAACACGGUAGCGUCGACCGCAUUCUCGAUCAUGAGCAAAGCGCCCAUACUAGUACGUCUGCUGGUGGUCAACCCGAAUCGCCUACGUUCUUUGCACCUGGUAUCACGAAGCAGGUAGAGAUCUCGGUGAUCACUGACGACAAUGGACAACCUAGGGAAAUGACGCAUUUCUAG